GAUGAUUACAGUGUGUGUGUGUGUGUGUGUGUGUGUCUGCAGCAGCAGCGCUACAGUGCAUCUGACCCUUCACCCACUUACAGCGCUGUGAGUUCUCACGCUUCUCAGCGCUAUAUAAGGCUGAAAUAACCGAGCCUACCUUACCCACGGCUUCACGACUAGCAGCAGCUAAUCAAAAAUCAGGAUGUUAUCCUAUCUUACUCGCUGGAUGUCCAGAGGUGCUUUCCAGGCACUGAAGGGGGCAAGCAGUCGGCCUCAACUGGUCAAGACACCUCAUAUUGGGAAUCAGACUCUGGCAGCGGCUCCUCUGCCCUUCACUGGGGGGAGUCCAGGAGUAAGGCAGGCCCGGGCACUGGACCAGGAGAGACUUCUGCAGAUUGAUUGGGAUGAUGGGAGUUGUAGUUUGUAUCCAUUCACCUGGUUAAGAGAUAACUGCCAGUGUCCUCACUGCACGCUGCAGUCCGCACAAGCACGCAGCCUGCUGUUCUCAAAUCUGGACGUGCACACCGGAAUGGACCAAGUACAGCUGAUGGAAAAUAAGGUGUCCAUUACUUGGCCUGAUCAGCACAGUAGUGAGUUUGAUCCUGACUGGCUGAAGAAACGGUGUUUUUCCUCCGAGGCAAGACAGGCUCUGCAAGAGGAGCUCUUCCUUAAUGAGCGUGAAUAUUGGGAUUCAAGUCUGCAGAUCCCUACGGCUGACUUUGAGGAAGUUCUACAUGAUGACAAGGCUGCCCUGGCCUGGCUAGAGGCUCUGAGACGCAUUGGCAUUGUCUACCUGAGGGGGGCGCCGGCAGAGCAGGGCCAGGUGGCCAGACUGAGUCAGAGGAUUGGCUAUCUACGCCUCACCUUUUACGGACACACGUGGCAAGUGCAGGACAAGCCCAUGGCUAACAAUGUUGCCUACACUUCUGGAGAACUGAGCCUGCACACAGAUUACCCUGCUCUGCACCAUCCACCUGGAGUGCAGUUCCUGCAUUGUGUCCGUCAGGCUGAUCAGGGCGGAGAGAGUGAAGUGGUUGAUGGGUUUCACAUGGCGGAGCAGCUCCGCAGGGAGGAUCCCGAGGCGUUUAACAUCCUCUCCUCGCUCAGGGUGGAUUUCACAGACAGCGGUGCUGACUACUGUGACUUCAGCGUGCAGUCCAAAAACCACAUCAUAGAUGUGGACUCUGAGGGUCGAGUGACGAGGAUCAACUAUAACAACGCCACACGAGACUCAGUGCUGGAUAUGCCUGUGCAUCAGGUUCAGCCCUUUUACUCGUCUCUAAAGGCCUUUGUGGAGAUGCUCAGCAGGCCUGAAAACGUGUUCACGUACAGAAUGGAACCAGGCGACUUGGUGACUUUUGAUAACUGGCGUCUGUUGCAUGGCCGAAAGAGCUACCUGUCACGAGGUCAGAACUCAAGACAUCUUGAAGGAGCAUAUCUGGACUGGGAUGAGGUCAUGUCCCGUCUCAGGAUCCUCCGGAAAGCUGUCCGUGGAGAUAGCUAGACACUUCUCUUCAUCCUCUACACUACAGUGACAGUAAUGAUAGGAAGCAAAGCUGAUGUCUAAUCCGUACUCUGGUUUUAGGCUAGCGUUGCUUCGUGAUAACUUUAAAAACAUCUCUUCACUGUAGAAAGCUUCAGGGCCUAGGAAUAUUUUCAGUUUUGGCAAGUGGAUAUUUGUUCUUCUGUAGUUAAUAUAAUACUAUAAUUGCAGCCUUUUACUGAAGGGCUCUUGGAGUCUUCAUCCCUUUUUUUUUUGCACUUAGAAAGUGCAGUCAUUUUCUUUGUCUUGAUGUAUUACUUGUUCUUUGGUAUAAGGGACAGUUUACCAGAGGUAAUUCGGUUUUAGUCUUCAUAUGUUAAUGACGAUCAUAAGUGAUGCUGAAAUUUCGUUUAAAACUAAAUGUUUAGCAUAUGUAUGGACAACUGCCCAAAAUAUGGUACUAGUUUGAACUAAUACAGUGGGUUUAUUGCAAAGCACUUAUGUUUUCAUCAGUUAGUCCAUGUUGUAACAAAAGUGACAUCUCUGGCACAGUUUGAGAUCUACUUUGUGAUGUAUAUAAUUUUCCCUUUUAGCUUUUAUAUAUUUCACAUAUGGUGUCAACCAUUCUAAACGUUUUUAACCAACCUUUGUUUCUUACAGGGAUUAUUGUUUUAACGGUCAGUACUUUUCCCUCUCCUCCACACAAACAUUCUUGUAAGAUCAAUCACGAUUAACGGUAGUUGGUAGUUUCCCCUUUUAUUCUCUAAUGAAUCUUACGGUUUAUAUUUGCUUGUAUUGUAAAUGGAGGUUUGGACAAUGAUGAGACAUUGACUCUUAAAGAGAAAAAUGUUUUUGACGUACCAAAUUUUUUAUAAGCUGAUGUCCAAAACAAGGUGUCUCUGUUUUGAUAUGCUGUAUGGAGAUUGGAUAGUUCAUCAGUACUUGUAUACUGAUUGUAGACCAGUAGACCUCAAGGUCUUUGAUACUUGAAAGGCCUCAAAUAUGAAAUUUUUAAAGAAAGAAGAACUGGUCAGUUUGUACUAAUGCAGUGACAAUGCAAAUAUAGCUUAUGUGGCUACUGACUCUAAUUAGUCAAUUAGUUGCAAACCUGCUAUAGCCUCAUUUUAUGUAAAUACACAAUGUCGAUAUUUAAAAAGCUGAGGAUUUUGAGCACCUCCAGUAGGCUUUUUUUUUUGGUUGGGCCUCUACGUAACAAUGCAAUGUUUAAAAUUAUAUAUUUUUUGAAGUGAAGUGUUACAAUGAUUUAAGAGGACACUGACAGAGAUUCUUUUUUUUGUCCAAAAUGCCAGUAAAAUACAUUUAUAAUAUA